AUGCCGAGCAUUCUAACCGAAGUUGGCUACAGUUUGCUGAAAAACGCGGAUGUUGACCCUAAGCCAUCGCCACUGGCAAACCGUGAUGGUCAAAGAUUUGUGGCAUCUGGCACGCUAAAUAGCUCACUUUUUAUCAUUUCUAUGGACUUAAAGCUGAGUGCCGAAUUAAGAAUGGUGUUCAUCGCAUUUCCUAGAGGUCAAGUAUUGGUGAAGCACUUGUUGUGA